CUUCACUUUGGCAGAGAGAUUUGCUGUAGACCCUACAAUUUAUUUUAUACAACCCUUAUACUCCCCCCGUCCCACGUAAGAUGUCUAGGGAUACUUUCCCCUUCACUUCUGGAACUUUACGAUCUCUUGAAAGACAGAAGGAACAAUUAGAAUGUCAAGAUCGUCAAAGAGCCGUCAGCAGGGAGUAUCUUACCCGUAAAGUUCUGACUCCUAGCCGGGCAGUCCGUCCCUCGAUGUCUCGGAGACACCUGUACUGUAGAGAUGCUGCCAUUCACAAUGCCCUUUACACAGGAGAUAUUGAAAGGCUUAAGGGGAUAUUCAGGGAGGACGGAUCAGCAGAAGUCCUGGUAGAGACAGUCAGCGAGGAGCUACAAUGGUCUCCAGAUGUGGGAGUCUGGACUCUGACCCCCAAAAAGUAUCACACUUCCCCCCUACGUAUCACUGCUGGACGAGGAUACGCCGAUUGUGUUCCCCUUCUAGUGAAUCGAGGAGCUGACCCUAACUCUAAAGCAGGAGGUCGGGGGGCACUACAUGACUCCUCUGAGAGUCACCAUGCUGAGUGUACGCGUCUUUUACUGAGCCGUGGGGCUGAUCCCAAUCUUAUGGAUGAAGAUGGUCGAGCACCCCUCCAUCUCUGUACUACCCCGGAGACAUUUGAAUGUGCAAAGCUACUACUGGAGUAUGGGGCCUAUGUGAAUCUUCCUUGUCACUACACGCGAGUCACCCCACUGCACAUAGCGUCUGCAAGAGGCCUAGAACAACACGUUUCUCUCUAUCUGAGCCUUGGUGCUAAUCCUUCGGCCCUCAACAGGGAAGGCGAAACACCACUUAACGCCGCUUGUGCCGCCUCAGAUUCUCCACAGCACUUUGGUCGUUAUUACAGAGUGGCGGAAAUGCUUCUCAAAUCCGGUGGAAAUCCUGGUACCCCAGGAAAGAAAGGACACGGACCUUUACACAAUGCCAGUGCCAACUGUCAUUUUAGACUGGCACAAAUGCUAUUAGACCAUGGGGCAUCUGCGAAUGUCACCAACAGUGCUGGGUACAAUCCCCUGGACUGUGCCCUACAAGUAUGCACUGAUUAUCCAGAAUGCCAGCCCCACCAGCUAGUAAGAACGCUGCUUAACCAUGGAGCCAAUCCUCCAGGUUCUAAGAUGUGGAAAUUCUGUGCUGCCUCCCCUCAAGCUUUUGAGAUUCUCCUAAACUCCUAUGACCGGAUUCCUCUUGGAGAUGCAUGGGUGGAAGCUGUGCCUGCUGAAAUUUGGGAGGAGCAUCGUACGUUUUAUGAGUCUGUCUUGAAGGCUUCAAAUCAACCGCGUCCUUUACAGCAUCUUGCCCGCUGCGCACUAAGAAAGCAGUUUGCUGGACAGUGCCACAAGGCAUUCCCAGACCUCGGUUUACCCCCUUGCCUCACUGCUUACCUUCUUCUGCAGCCCGAAGGCACCAUCCAUUAAAUAUAGAGAAAUAAUUUGCAUGUUACUAUCUAGACGAGUAUUACUUUGCAAUUAGAGUAUAUAUGUCACAUAGAACACUUGCAGUUAAUGAGUGAUCAUAUAUUUCAUGGCUGAGGCUCUUAGUUAUAACAUGUUUGUAGUCCCCUGUUCAAUUUGUAGUCCUCUAAAAGUUUUAGUCGGUGGAAAUAACUGUGAGAACUCAUUAAUUAUUUUAUUAUUUCUCCUAUGUAAGAAAACUAAACUAAAAACAGGGUGAGUCU